GACGUGUCAAGAAAGUGCCGGAAGCUUUCAGUCCGUCCAAAAUGGCUUACCAGACUUUACAGCAGGAGUACUUACAGAUUCCUGUUGUAACUAGGGCAUAUACAACCGCCUGCGUCCUCACAACCGCGGCAGUGCAACUAGAGCUCAUCACACCUUUCCAAUUGUACUUCAACCCAGAAUUAAUUCUAAGGAAUUACCAGGUAUGGAGGCUAAUAACCAACUUUCUGUUUUUUGGUCCAGUUGGCUUCAACUUCCUGUUCAAUAUGAUAUUUUUGUACCGAUACUGUCGUAUGCUGGAGGAGGGCUCAUUCAGAGGACGCACCGCUGACUUUGUCUUCAUGUUCCUCUUUGGUGGGCUUCUGAUGACUAUAUUUGGCACUUUUGUGAGUUUGGUGUUCCUGGGCCAAGCUUUCACCAUCAUGCUGGUGUACGUGUGGAGUCGACGAAACCCAAACGUUCGCAUGAAUUUCUUUGGCCUGUUGAACUUCCAGGCGCCCUUCCUGCCCUGGGUGCUGAUGGGAUUCUCUCUCUUGCUGGGCAACUCCAUCAUCGUGGAUCUAUUAGGCAUCGCUGUUGGUCACGUGUACUUCUUCCUUGAGGAUGUUUUCCCCAACCAGCCAGGCGGCGGCAGGUGGCUCAAGACCCCCUCCAUCAUAAAGAUGCUGUUUGACACUCCAGAGGAAGAUGCCAACUACAACCCCCUGCCCGAGGAGCGCCCAGGAGGGUUUGCCUGGGGGGAGGGACAGCGACUUGGGGGUUAAACAAGCCCCCGACCCACUCCUGAUCGCCAGGUCACUUCUAAGGACAUUCCCUCAGAGAGAGAUGAAGGGGACGAGCGUGGUCCCUUUGUUCCCCCGACUUGUUUGUUUUUGUUCUGGACAAAGAAUGCCAACCCACCAGAACUCAUUGGGAGAUAUCUUGUCUGUUGUCUUUGUACAUGGCUCACAUCACCCUCAGAAACUCUUCUUGAUGCCAGAUUGUUGCUCUAAGACUACUUGAGAGAACAGAAGCCCAGGGACUUUGAAUGGUGAGCCUUUUGGCUUGGUUGAUGUUUGUCUUCAUCUAAAAAAAAAAAAAAAAAGAAAAAAUAUAAUAUUCAGUGGUCAGAUGAAAGAGAAAAUAACAGCAGCAAAACAAUGUCUGAAUGAAUUUAUUCAGA